AAUAACAGAAGAUCGUUGCAGAGAUAUAGCUUUCCAGCGCUACCGCGUUUUCAUCGCAUCUCUGGGGCAUCGUCGCGCCUUCAUUAACCACAUCACGGCACGGCGGGAGUGUAUAGCCGUUACGAAAUCGAUCUGAUCAUAAUGUCCCCGGGAUGAAUAAAUCAUUGCUCCGCUCUCGCAAGCAGCAAUGUAGUGUAGUGUAUUUACCAAACCAAUCGGACUGUAAACAUGACGAAUUCAUUAGCAUAUUCAUUUUUUUUUUUCGGAAUGACCACUGUAGCUGGUUGCAACGCUCGACCGGUUCGGUUGGGUGAUUCUACCGAGAGGCUAUAAUGUGGAGUAAAAAAUGUCAUUGUGUUCGCCGAUUCGAUGCAGCUCUUCUUUUCAAUCCAGUCAACUAACAGCCAGUCAGUGAUCCACGAAGAACGCAACGCCCAUCAGGUGGGUGGCUGGCAGUCCUACGGAGGGCGAAUCAUCCAUUAUUAUGCGCAGCGUGUACAGAGAGAUUGGUACAGAAUACAAUGGUAGCUCAACUCAGCAUAAAACUCUGUAGGUAGUUACCCAGCAGAAGAAUGGUUUAGCUUUUCCGUUUGGACCCCAUUGAUGAGAAAAUUCCACAGAGACGAGUGUAAGUUCGUGUCUCUGGUCCCGCUACUAUGAAUCUGGAUAGCGCGCGGUUUUUGCAGUGCCGUGCCGAAUUGAUGAUGCUGCUGCUGCUACUGUGUCGUCGUAGCCAUCGUCGGUCAUCGAGGUUGCGAGAGAGCGUGAAAAAAUAGUGAUUGUGACCAGAUUAGUAUGUGGGUGGCAUUCAGGUGGUGAAAAAGUACUUUUUUUCCAACUCGUGGGAUGGUGUUCUGUUGUACAAAUCAGAAAAAAAAACAUCAGAUCAGUGCUGACACAGCAUUGCAAUCGGUUGAAAGUGAAUCUGGAGCGGAUUGGAUAAUGAUUCGUUUUGGCGUGGAGUUAAUUUGGAAACUAGUGAUUUUUAUAUGAAGAAAAAUUGUGUUUUGAUUCUAUGGAAUACUAUUGUCUAAGAAAGUUCUUACUGAGUUAUGAAACAGCUUCAUCGUUGCAGUUAAUCGUGCAGUGAAAAUCAACCAAAGGCUUGAUCGAAAAUCUGCGACCCAGAGUUACAAUGAGCAGAGCAGCUACGAAGGACCAGAAAAGGCCCAUAUAUGAGGACAUAAAAAUCGACACCGCGUUCCGCAAAAUCAGCCCCAAGGCCAUCGGGUUCCAUGUUUGGCGGAUACAGAACGACCACGUGGAGGCCAUUCCCAGAGAACAGUAUGGCACGUUCUACGAUGAAAACACGUACAUAAUCUAUUCGGCUUCGCUGGCGGGUACGAUCUCGGAUAAAAAUACGAUUUCUCGCGAAAUCAAAACUUCCGGAGCAGUAAUCGAACGGUACAUUCACUUCUGGUUGGGGGCCAACAUCUCUUCGGAUCGUUCCAAAUCCGCAGCGUAUAAAAUUAUCGAGCUAGAUCUUCAUCUGGAUCACAAAACUACCCAGUACCGGGAAAGUCAAGGUCAUGAAGGAAUUCGGUUUCUUUCGUAUUUCAAAGAUGAUGGAAUUUUGAUCCAGGCCGGAACAGAUCCUUCGUCUUAUCCACACUUUCCAAGACUGUAUCAAAUCAAAGGGAAAACAACGCCGCAAUGCAUACAGCAGAAAGCAAUCACGUGGCAGCACUUUAACUGCGGUCAUGUCAUGAUUAUGCAAACAUCCGCCAUCCUGUUCGUUUGGGUGGGUCGGUCGACCAGUUCCAGUGAAAGAAUAUUCGGUUUGAAAAUUGGUACCAAGCUGACGGAUGCAUUUCACAUACCUGAAAUGGCCAUUAUAGACGACGGAUACGAACAAUCGAUGAGUUCGCAGCGAAAAGCAAUUUGGAACGGUUUCCUUAGUCUGUCGCAGCGCUUCGUCCAGCCAUUGGCAUUGACUCCGUCGAACGCGGAUAUUGUGCUGAAACUUUAUCAGUGCGAUACGGUUAAUGGCGUAUUUCGAGUAGAACUGGUAAAAACAGGAGCCCUAGAACAGGCAGACUUGUACGGACGGGACAAUAUUUACAUCGUUGACUACUUCUGCAAUGGGGUUUGGAUCUGGAUUGGACGAAGCUCUCACAAGCAGAAUCGUGCCGAAGCCAUGCGCCAUGUGCGUGGUUAUGUCAUUAAGAAAGGAUACCCAGCAUCAACUCCGGUGGCGCGAGUCAUUGACGGUCUGGAGCCAGCGGAGUUCACGAGUCUAUUCCCCAGCUGGAUCAGUUCAGAUGUGAAUGGAAACUCAAUCAAAGGUGUUUCGGAGAAGUUUGAUGCCCUUACGCUCAUCCAGCGACCAAAGCUCGCUGCGCAAAUACAAUUGAUGGACGAUGGGACUGGUGAUGCUACCGUCUACCAAAUAGGAGUUGAUGACGUGAAAGAAAUCCCCAAAAAGUACGCCAAGACGUUCUAUUCGUUCAACUGUUACAUUGUGCAUUAUCAGGUAUCGUGUACCUCAGAGAACAACAUAAGCACGUUGGCGAAUUCAAUCAAAAAUGUAGUCUACUUGUGGACUGGAUCCAGCGCUUCGAUGGAAUACCGACAAACGGGCGAGGCUUUCCUGACGGAAAUGUGCAACCAUUUGAAGAAGAAUGUCGUUCAAGUCCGGAUCAGUGAGGGUAUGGAGCCGCCACAUUUUCUACAGAUCUUCAAAGGAGGGCUGAUCAUUUUCAACUCGAAGAGCACGGGUGGGGAAGGAAUUAUGAAUGUACGGAAGUACCCAAGUAGUUUCGUGUUGAAGGUGGUAGGUAAUUCUAGUUAUACCUGUAAGGCAGUGCAAGUUUCAAGUAAAACUCUGUACUAUCCGGAAGACUGUUAUAUUUUGAAAGCGCCUGAUAAUGAGAUAUGGAUAUGGUGCGGUCAGUACUCCACUGGUGACUCUAGAGAAAUGGCUAAAUCAAUAGCCUCCAUUCUCGGAGAGUAUAAUCUUGUGAUGGAGUCUAACGAAACGGACGAAUUUUUCAAUUCGGUAGGAGAGAAGUUUUUGAAGCAGUUGAAGAAGACGCAUGGAAACAUAGUGACGCCGACGAUGAAUGUUGCUUUGACUUGGGAGAAGCAACGAAUCGGGCUGUACAUGUGUUCUUUGGAGCAAGAAAAGUACGUUAUGAACAAGAUUUUCGGAUUUUCGCAGAAGGAUCUGCGGCCGGAGAAUAUUUACUUACUAGAUGCUGGCAAUAUUGUGUACGUAUGGAUUGGGGAUUUGGUGAGCAAUGAUGAUCGGUCACAGAGCUGGGAUUUGGCAAAAUAUCUCAUCACAACACAUCCCGUGCAGAGGGAUGCCAAUAUGCCAAUAGCGGUCAUCCGGCAGGGAGAAGAGCCUAUCACCUUUAUCGGAUUUUUCGAUCACUGGGACAAGAAGUAUUAUGAGAAUUACAUCCCUUUCGACAAGAUUCGCGCCGAGUUGGAAACACCGGGAGCUCCGGUACCGGUGCCGCGAGGCUCCGUACACAGUGACAGUGCCAGCGGAGAUGACUUCGAUCGUUACCAAAAAUAUCCACUCGAUAUGCUUCGAGGAGACCCCGCGAACCUACCGGCAAGUAUCAACCCAACCCGGAAAGAGAUCCAUCUCACGCAUGACGACUUCGUGACCGUGUUCAAAAUGCCUUAUCACGACUUUGAAGAACUGCCCAAGUGGAAGCAGGUCGAGCUGAAGAAACAGAAUAAAUUAUUCUAGAGACAGAGAGCACGGAUAAUAUUUUGGAUUAUAAAUGUUAAAUUUUAUUUUUUAUGAAAUAAAUGUACACAAUUUCGUUUUAA